AUGGACCUGCACGCUCACGUAAACCCUUUCAAUGAGCCGCCCGGCGGCGGCGUCCACGCGGAGAGCUCACACAUCUCCAAGGAGUUGCUGCAGGAGGUGCGCAGAGAUGAUGCGGCCAUGGCUGACGACCUUGUUGCGCUUGCUCCACGUUGCGGUCGUACGUUUCGCCCAGGCGCAUCGACGACGAGCGUUUCGGACGGCAUGGUGAUGAGUGGCGCGCUCGCGAGGGUGGCGGCGUUGGGCGGUAGUGCUGGGUACGCUGUCGACGUGCACGACACGCUCACGACGAGUGAAUUUGUUCAGCAGAAGCGCGAGGUCGGCCUCGUGCGCAUGUCCCUGAUGACCAAGAAGGCUGAAAUUCGCAAGCUGGAGGAGAAAAUCCACCGCGCUGAGAAGCGACUGCACCAGCAGCAAGAGCAGUUGUCGAACACGCGUGAGAAGUUCAACAACUUUUUGAAGUUCAGCAACCUCGAGCAGGACGCUGCGGUGCGGCGAGCGGACGACGAAGCGCGCAGCAAGCAUGCCAAGACGAUCGAGAUUAAGAAGCUCUCAGCCCUCAUCAGCCACGCCGAGGCGGAGAUGCGCAAGACACGGGUGCGAAUCGAGAACUGCGUUGCAUACAAGGACUUUCUCGAAAUUCUGGCAAAGCCGCAGUGGUUUUACGACACACUGAGCAGUCUGCGUAUCGAGGACGCGACCGAGAAGAUUCUCCUGGACGCCGAGGAGGCGUAUCAGGUGCGGUCAGCUUCCCUGACUGCACAGGAGGCGGCACGAUUGGAGGCGGUGCAGCAGGCAGUGCUGGCGAGGGAACGGGAUGGGGCAUCGUCUGAGAAAAGGAAGCGACCGUCUAUCUCGGCAGCUGCACAACGGAAGGGGAGGCAGCACGCCAAUGCCACCCCGGUCGUCGAGGUGGAGGAGCCGAAGGUGGUGCCGCUCGAGGAGCAACUAGAGCAUCUCUACGCCUCCGUUGAGGAAGAGGCCCGCGCCGCCAUCGCGGCCGCUACAGCAAGCAUCCACGCGGAGGUCGGUUCCAUGACGCUGGCGGAUGUGAAAGACGAGCUGCACCAAAACUACGAAGAAAAUCGGUUGCCGCUGUGCUUUACCUCUGCCGAUGAUCUUCUGGAGGUGUUCAUCAACGUAGAGGAGGGCAACUUGUUCUUGAUUCAAAACUGCCACGAGCUGGAAGAGGAGCUAGAGGGCGUCGAGAUGGGGUACAUGCAGGAGCGAGAGGAGAUGAACGCCAUGGUUAACCAGCGAACGGCGCAGCUGGAGGCGCUGACGAGCAACGUAGCGGAGGCCCAGAAGAAGUUACAGGCGGUAGACGAACGGAUGAUGGCGCUCGAGCCGCACGGAAAUCUGCAGGCAAACGCGCCAGCUGCAUCGACUGCGUCGACGUCCAAACGGGCCAGAGCAGGCGCAUCGUCCAUUGGCGGCGCAUGGGACACUGCCGGUGUCGCCUCAGCCUCCAAGUUGUCCCCGGAGGAGCUCAAAAAGAAGGUUGAGGAGUCGAUCGAGCACAUUUUUCACCUGCUCCGCACUGGCGAUCAGCAACUCAAGUUCACAGCGCAGAACCCUAAUCUCCGCAAGAGCGUUGAAGGCACCAAAGUGGCUGGCAACGCGAGUCAUGGCCGAUUGGGUCCCGCCUCCAUGCAGCGCGGUCCCAAGCCUAUUCAGUCGUCAACGAUGCAGGUGGGUAGGAUGAAGGUAGCCACCGGCGACCCAUCCUAUGAUUUGCAGCGUCCUUCGAGUUCGGCGCGCCGGCCGAGGAACAGCUCCGCCGGCGCGACGACUGCGGGCGGCACGGCUGAUGCGGGGUCGCAUCAGCAGCACCACGACGCCUCCAUGGGUCCGGUAGAGAUGCUGACCAUUAUUGAGAACAAAUUGGAGGAGUAUCACCGAUACCUGAUCGACCCGACAAACCAUGUCGAGCUGGCCCUGAUGAAGGCCGUGAUGAAGCAGAGUGACAAGCAGCGUCGUCGUCAGGCGCGAAUCAUUCACCUGGCUAGCCAAGCGGAUGAGCAGGAGGAACGGAUCCGACGCGCGCUGGAGCGGUCGCAGGCACCCAUCAUCCACAAGAUCGGCAAGCCGUUCCGUCCGCGUUCCUUUGUCUCGAAGACCGUGGACGAGAAGUCGCGGCGCAAGGCGGAGCGGGCUGCUGGUGCGCUGAACGGCUCACUCGAUAACAUCGACUCGGACGAGGAUGGUGCUGAGUUCUUUAUGUAG